AUGCCUGCUUUUGGUACUGGAAAUGGCGCCAACCGGGUUAAGCUCGACGAAGUGUGUCCAUAUCCAGAAGCCCAUCACACCUACCUCUUAGUAUACCGAAUCAUUGAUCCAUCGGUCUUCUCGACCUUCACAAAUGUCUUCGACCCCAUCUCCACACCUGGUAUUGUAUGUGGUCUAUCAGUGAGAUCUUACAUGCGACAUAUCGUCACCUCUUUGGACAAGCUAUGCGAGACAUUCGACACCAUCUGUCUCGAUAAUUAUAAGACCAAGCGGGAAUCAUGGCACCUGGAGUCAGCAGCCGCUUUGCAACAGCACAUUUCAUCUCACCCCCAUUUCUCCCUGGAAACCACCGCCGCGCAGCUGCGGACAGAAAAGCUUCUCGAGCCCUCUCCCACCGGUGCUGAUGCUGACGUCGAUUCAACCACCCGUCUCCACCACUUCUACGUCUUCUGCCUCAUCGUGAUCUCCGCCCACCUUUUCCACCCCUCAGCCAAGGCCCCUGUCCAGACAAUGUUCACCAUCGGAGACUGCAUCCCCGGAUCGAUCCACCGCUGCUGGUCCAUCCUAUCCAACAAGGUCCUGGUGAGAGAUCCGCGGAUGCCAGUCGCCAGGCUGAUCCGCAGAUUUGGAGAGCUGAGCCCCGUGGUGGACGGAGACCAACGGAGUUACCGGGCCAAGACGGCAACACUGCGAGCAGACCGGUUCAACGCGCGUCUCUUCUGCUCGGUCUUGAAGAUGAACAUCGCGUGGACGGAUGUCCUCAAUACGCAUCUCGACUACGAUACUGAGACGAACACUAUUUUUCUCUUUAGACACGCGACGUUUUGCGCCAUGAACUCCAGGUUUGCUAGGGACGAUCGGAGUGCGAGGAUAUGGGAAAGCUGUGUCGAGUUAGAGGACGCGGAGGGUUCAGAUUCCGAUCAUCCCAAGGAUCUCAUGUGCGAAAUCAUACUAUCGCUCUACCUAAUAUUCGGCCAAGAGAUUCAGGCCCGGCAGCAUUUCAGCGCCAAGAAGGUAUUCGAGGGUUGGCCACAUGUCGACCAAGACCAGCUGCUCGUCAUGCUUUGUGGGGGCAAUUGGCCAUUUCAGAACUCGACAAAUGAACCCAAGCCCGUCUACUACCUUGCCACGGACUUUCCAAUGAUGCAAGCCAAACUGGACUUCCUCAACGAGGUAGUUAUGCACAAAGAGCCAAAGAGUUCGCUUCAAUUGUGGAGGAACAAGCGCAACACUGCCCAAUGGUACACGUUUUGGGCCGUCAUCUUGUAUGGAACACUGGGCGUUUUAGUUGGCUUGGCGCAGUUGGCUACAUCAGUAAUCGCUUUGUACAAAUAAUCAAGUUGUUCCAAUUCCAUGCACAUUAUCCACUAUUGUACUCAUCUC